AUGGUUGACACCGCGGGGGCGAGUGCGACGGAGGUGGGCCCCGCCAGCCCUCACAGCUCGGAGCCUCCGGCAGGGACGAAACGGCGACAAACGCUGGGCGCGCACGAACUUCGCGACCUUCAGGAAGGGAAAGCACUCGGUGACGCUGCCGAUGACAGCCAGCCUGCGGACGACAUGAAGCAGGCGGAUGCGGCCACACUGCAGAAGAGACAACGCCUGCGGGUGGUUCGUUCCGGCACCGCCGUCCCCACCCCGGCAGCAGACGCGGCGACUGUCUCGCCCGCGACAACGGGAAACCCGUCUUUGGCCGAGAAGCCUGGUGAAUCGCCGAAGCCAGUGGAAGAGGGAACCUCUCCAGAGAACACCAACGAACAGGCCAAGAAUACAAACAGAGCUGAGGGGGAAGGAGCAACAAACGGUGCUCCUGCGUCGUCUGAAAACGGGAAAGAGGGAGAGAGGGCAUCGCCGCAGGAGCAGAGCGCGACGACUGGACUGCUCGGGACAGCGGAAAUCAAGAGCGUCCCGACUUUCAGCAGCGCGUUUGCCUCGCUAUCCAAACAGCCCCAGUCUUCUUUCUUCCUCCUGUCGCCGCCUCAGUCGAGCACGGGUGGAGCCGAAACAUCGUCAGGCUCGACGCCGUCGUUGUUCGCCAACUUGGGCGGUUCGUCGUCCCUGUUUGCCACGUCGACAAGCUUCAACGGCAAUGAGGAGGGGGCAGAUGGCGAGGAUGAGCAGAAGCCCGAGGAGCCCAGCGUCAUUGAAAACGCGAGAUUGCCGUAUGCAGCGGUUCGACGCCAGUCAGACGGCUUGGGCGCCCAAACCACCCCUGGAGGGACGGGUGCAAAUCUCGGCAAGCAAACGAACGACGGACUGAUUUGGAAUGUCCUACACUGUAUUUCUCUGCAGAAAGAGGAGGACAGCGGGGCGACACGGAUUCUGUUUUUCGUACACAGAACGGGACGGCUGCAUCUGAACACGCCGUUAAUCGCCUCUGUGAACUAUGAGCAUCCUCUGGAUCGAAGUCGUCAGCGCGCCGCUGUGUCCUCCAAGGACGAGAAACCGGAUGAGAAAAGCGGCGAGGACCCGCAGACUGAAGACGUGCCAAGGAAAAAGAACACAGCGCAGUUCCUUGGACUCAAGACAGAUGCCAAGAGCAGCUCGGACACCACAAUUUACCGCAUUCGCUUCUCCAACGAGGAGAAGUGUGCAGAGUUUCUCUCUCUGGCGAAUGAAAGAAAAACCAUGGGCAGGAACCAGUCUCCCACGUCAGCGUGA